UCUUCUCAAGCCAACAAGCAGCUUCAGUCGCUUCAGCAAACAAUUACCAAAAUGUUCAAAUUCAUCGCCGUCGUCGCCCUCCUGGUUGCCACCGCCAGCGCUGGUCUGAUCGAGACCCAUCAUGUGGUCCAUGAGCCAGUCCUGGCCAAAGUUGGUACCGUUGUGCACUCCGCUCCUUCUGCUGUGUCCCACCAGAGCAUCACCCAGGUGCACAGCAAGGCCGUCGUCCAGCCAGUGGUUGCUCCCGUCCUGAAGACCGUUGCUGUCCACACUGCUCCAGUGGUUCAGUCCGUUCCCGUUGUCCACCACUCCGUGCCAUUGGUUCACUCCGUUCCUCUGGUCAAGUCUGUGGUCCAUGCUGCUCCUCUGGCCUACACUCUGCACCAUUAAAGCCUUUGUUUGUUGGUUUGUUAAAAAUAUUAAAAGAAAAUUAAAUAAAAUUCCAAAAAGUAUUAUUGAUCCUUAAA